AAAAAAAAAAGAAAAGGAGGGAACAGUUUAUUUUCAAACAAGGAACCCCAAUUAGUUCUCUUACCUGUUCUCCUUAACAUACUGUGUUCAUUCGUUAUUCAAUUCCUUUACACAAAUAAUGGUUUACUUCUUAUCAGACUAAACGUUCUAAACAAAUUUUAUUAGACUAAACGUUCUAAAGGAAUUAAGUUGAAGAAUCUGGCCUACAAACUUCAAUAUGCACAAGGACAAAGCCUCGGUCGGGAUCACCCGUACAUCGCCUUUGUCGGCGCUGGCAGAGCAACACCAGCCACACAAGCAAGGUGAAAUUUUCGAGAAUAAUAAAGAGAUGGAAAUGCAAAUUCAUGUUGAAGGAGGGGACAUUUCUUUGUUAGAUUCUUCUUCUGGUGGGAUUUAUGAGAAGUCUCUCCCAUGUUUUGGUUGUGGGAUUGGUUGGUUCUCGUUUCUACUGGGGUUUGUAUUUCCACCAUUAUGGUACUAUGCUACAGUCCUUUAUUUUGGAAACUAUUACCUUAAAGAUCCUAGGGAAAGACCAGGACUUGCAGCAUCAGCCAUUGCAGUAAGUAAACAACACAAACCAAAAUACCUUCUGUCUUGUAGAGUUGGUCAAAUUUGGUUUUUCUAUGUGUCAAUGGUUUUGUUUUAUUUUAUUUUUACUGGCUAAUGAUGAUGAUGUUUUGCAGGCUUUAAUUUGCUCAGUCGCUAUCUUGGUUUCCCUAAUUGCUGUUUUCUGUUAGUUGGGUUUCAGUUUUUGACUGGACACAAGGAAAAUUCAACCACAUGUGUUGAGUUUCCAGUACUAAAUUUGGUCAUACUAGUAUGUAUUUAGAUCAAUGUAAAAAGUUUACUAUGAGACCCAUAGUAACAGUAACACUUUUAAUGAAUAACUCUAUUUCUAGGAAAUUAGGACAUGUCUUAGUCAACUUGUUGGAAGUGUAUUUAUUUACUUUGUUUUAUCAAACGCAUUAUUAGGAAAA